AUGAAGACUAUAAAAGAAAAGAAGAAGGGACAUCAAAGACUGAGAAAAUCUGCCAAGACAAAGAGGGUAACCCGGAGGAAGCCUUCUUCAGGGCCUGUUUGCCGGCUAUGCCUUCGAGAACCUGGGGAUCCCGAAAAAUUAGGGGAAUUUCUUCAGAAGGACAAUCUCAGUGUGCAUUAUUUCUGUCUUAUCCUAUCUAGCAAGCUGCUUCAGAGGGGCCAAUCCAACAGAGGUUUCCAUGGAUUUCUACCUGAAGACAUCAGAAAGGAGGCAGCCCGGGCCUCGAGGAAGAUCUGCUUUGUGUGCAAGAGAAAGGGAGCUGCCAUCAACUGCCAGAAGGACCAAUGUGUCAGAAACUUCCAUCUUCCUUGUGGCCUAGAAAGGGGUUGCCUUUCACAGUUUUUUGGAGAGUACAAAUCAUUUUGUGGGAAACAUCGCCCUACACAGAACAUCCGACGCAGGAACGUGGGGGAGGAAAGCUGUAUCUUAUGUUGUGAAGACUUGUCCCAAAUAAGUGUUGAAAACAUCCAGAGCCCAUGCUGUAGCCAAACUAUCUACCACCGGAAGUGCAUACAGAAAUAUGCUCACACAUCAGCAAAGCAUUUCUUCAAAUGUCCACAGUGCAACAAUCAAGAAGAGUUUCCUAAAGAAAUGCUAAGAAUGGGAAUUCAUAUUCCAGACAGAGACGCUGCCUGGGAACUCGAGCCAGGGGCUUUCUCAGAGUUGUAUCAGCGCUAUCAGCAUUGUGAUGCCCCCAUCUGUCUGUAUGAACAAGGCAGAGACAGCUCUGAGGAAGAAGGGAAGUGGCACCUCAUUCUGUGUGCUACAUGCGGAUCCCAUGGAACCCAUAGGAACUGCUCCUCUCUCAGAUCCAACUGUAAGAAAUGGGAGUGCGAGGAGUGUGCGCCUGCUGCCAAAGUCAUAGGGUACACACUUGAAAACUCAGGUGACAUCCCCUGUUGCAGCAGCACCUUCCUCUCCAGGGAACAUGUCUACAGAGACACCGGGCUGGAAGAGAAUCCGGACCCUUCUUGGACCAAUUGGCCAGGAUCUUCCUUAUUAGAAAACCCAGAGUCCUCUGGUCCCAGGAGGAGCCACUCCUGGGGAUCCGAGGGUGUCACACUCUCUAAGAGCUGCAAAAAAUCUGAGUAA